AUCGUAAGCCAAAUCCACAUAAUUUUUCUUACGGUCACAACUAGUACUACUAUAAAGCCUAUCCUUUCCCAUACUAUCUUCUUCAACCAAUUUUUGAAUAUAUUUAGCAAAUCAAGAAAGCUCAAUCCUUAGCUUCUUUGAUCAAGUUGUCAUCACAGUAGUCAAGAUAAUGGCUACCUCAGUGUCAACCAUUGGAGCUGCCAACAAAGCACCGUUGAGUUUGAACAACUCAGUUGCUGGAACUUCAGUUCCAAGCACAGCCUUCUUUGGCAAAACUUUGAAGAAAGUGUAUGGAAAAGGUGUUUCAAGCCCCAAGGUUACAAACAGGAGCUUGAGGAUUGCAGCUGAAGAGAAAGAUGCCGAUCCCAAGAAACAGACCGAUAGUGACAGAUGGAAGGGUCUUGUUCAAGACUUUUCCGAUGAUCAACAGGACAUCGCCCGGGGUAAGGGUAUGGUUGACAGUCUUUUCCAGGCUCCAACAGGUACUGGUACUCACCAUGCUGUUUUGCAAUCCUACGAAUAUGUCAGCCAAGGUCUUCGCCAAUACAACAUGGACAACACGUUGGACGGAUUCUACAUCGCUCCUUCUUUCAUGGACAAGCUUGUUGUUCACAUCACCAAGAACUUCUUGAAAUUGCCCAACAUCAAGGUUCCACUCAUUUUGGGUGUCUGGGGAGGCAAAGGUCAAGGUAAAUCUUUCCAGUGUGAGCUUGUCUUCAGAAAGAUGGGAAUCAACCCUAUUAUGAUGAGUGCCGGAGAAUUGGAAAGUGGAAAUGCAGGAGAGCCUGCAAAAUUGAUUAGGCAAAGGUACAGAGAGGCAGCAGAAAUCAUCAGGAAAGGAAACAUGUGUUGCCUCUUCAUCAACGAUCUCGAUGCAGGAGCUGGUAGAAUGGGUGGAACUACCCAAUACACUGUCAACAACCAGAUGGUGAAUGCCACUCUCAUGAACAUUGCUGAUAACCCGACAAACGUCCAGCUCCCCGGUAUGUACAACAAGCAAGAGAACGCCAGAGUCCCCAUUAUUGUCACUGGUAACGACUUCUCCACAUUGUAUGCUCCUCUUAUCCGUGAUGGUCGUAUGGAGAAGUUCUAUUGGGCACCAACUAGGGAAGAUAGAAUUGGUGUUUGCAAGGGUAUUUUCAGGACCGACAACGUGCCUGAGGAAGCCGUUAUAAAGAUUGUCGAUACCUUCCCUGGACAAUCUAUUGACUUCUUUGGUGCUCUGAGGGCACGAGUAUACGAUGAUGAGGUGAGGAAAUGGGUUUCAGGCACUGGAAUUGAAGCUAUUGGGGACAAACUUCUGAACUCUUUCGACGGACCCCCAACUUUUGAGCAACCAAAAAUGACUGUUGAGAAGCUCCUUGAGUAUGGUAACAUGCUUGUUCAAGAGCAAGAAAACGUGAAGAGAGUUCAGUUGGCUGAAACAUAUCUUAAAGAGGCAGCACUUGGAGAUGCAAAUGCCGAUGCCAUCAACACUGGAAACUUCUAAUGCCAUCAAUCUCAAGUCUAAACAAGAGGGAAGAAAGGACAACAAUCUAAUUGUCAUGUUGCUGAAGUCUCUACUGAUUCAAGUACUCAAAAACUUGGUUCAACUUCCAGGAGUGACGAUGAAAUUAAUAUUUUCAACUUUUUGAGGCAUUUUGUGAGGGUAGCUAUAGAAUGUGGCUAGAAGUUUGUAAUUUAUGAAGUCAGUUGUGUUCCAUUCAUAAGGGAGUACAAACUCCAAAUAAUCUUUUGUUUCAGUUUUUGUAAUUCUUCUGUAAUCAAGUUCUUGAUUUUGAAUUUCAAGAUUUGCUUUAUGUUAGACUUUA